CUCGGGUGUCGUCUUCUGCCGCGGACGCCCUCUGUCAAGUUAAAAUUAAUGUCCCUGGUGCCAGAGCCUCGCAUUUCUGGUUCUUACUUCGUUCAGUUAACGUCCAGAAGCCGACACAUUUCUUACAGCAAUGUCGAGCCUUAACCCCCGAGAAAUCGAAAGGGCCGAGUUUUGUUUCUCGAUCUACGACGCAGACGGUACCAACGUAAUCGACGCAGUCGAUCUAGGAAAUGUAUUACGAGCGCUAAAUUUAAACCCGACAAACGCAUCGAUCGAGCGACUUGGAGGAACCACCAAACGAGGAGAGAAGACAAUCUCCGUCGAGGAAUUUUUACCGAUUUUCGAACAAGCCAAAAAUGACAAAGACCAGGGAGGUUACGAGGACUUUCUCGAGUGUCUUAAAUUGUACGACAAGCAAGAAAAUGGCACCAUGCUUGGAGUUGAGCUUUCUAACAUGCUUUUGACUGUUGGUGAAAAAUUAGAAGACGCUCAAGCAGAAGAAGUUUUAGGUGAAUGUAUGGAUCCAGAAGACGAAGACGGAUUUAUUCCCUAUGCACCUUUUCUUCGUCGAUUGUGUGAUCGGGCCGCUGCUGAAGCAGAGUAAAUUUAUUUAACAACUUCAACUUUCAUCCGAGAUAUCACGAAGAUAUUUUAAAAUUAAAUUAUUUAUUAAUAAUGAUAAUUUAUAAUAAUUUAUAAUAAUAAUAAUAAUAAUAAUAAUAAUAAUAAUAAUAAUAAUAAUAAUAAUAAU